ACUGUCCAUUUUGCCCAUUUUGCCGGUGGUUUCAUCCCUGCGAUGCUCAAGUUUUCAAUCGAAGUCCUUCUCGCCGAUUCGCCAUCCCCUAAAUCCUUAUGCAGAUCAUCUGGAAUUUUUCCAUUUCCCUUGCCUUCUUCGAACUCUAUAUUUGCAGAAUCAUCUUCAGGUGACGAUGAGAAUAGUCGAAAGAAAUUUCCAUGUGAAAUAUGUGGGAAGCAGUUUAAUGCACAUUACAAUUUAACACGUCAUAUGCCUGUACAUACUGGAGAACGGCCGUUCGUUUGUAAGGUAUGCGGAAAAGCAUUUCGUCAAGCAUCCACUCUCUGCCGUCAUAAAAUCAUUCACACUGACAGUAAACCACAUAAGUGCAAAACAUGUGGCAAAUGUUUCAAUAGAUCGUCAACACUCAACACUCACGUCAGGAUUCAUCAAGGAUUCAAGCCAUUCGUGUGUGAAAUAUGCGGGAAAGGAUUCCACCAGAACGGAAAUUACAAGAACCAUCGACUGACUCACGAGGAUACGAAAAAGUUUUCUUGCUCAAUCUGCAGUAGGGCAUUCCACCAAUCGUAUAACCUUGCAUUCCACAUGUUCACACACGAAGAACACAAACCGUUCACUUGCCACGUGUGUUCAAAAGGAUUCUGCCGAAACUUUGACCUAAAGAAGCAUCUUCGCAAAAUGCAUAUGACUCAAUAAACCUUGUUUUU